AUGGAAUUUGAUGAAAAUGAUGAUGAAAAACCGGGAACAAGUGUUUCAGACAGUGAAGUGAGUGAAACGGAGGGGCAUAUCUAUAAAGUGCUGGGACAUGACACUUUCGCAGAUUUGAAGAAAAUCAAUGUUGUGCCAACAUGGAUUAAACAAGGUGAAACAUUUGCAUCAGGACUAAAUGAAGAAAGUUGUGCAGAGCUUGAUUUUGUCAAAGGUUUGCAUCCGUUGCUUGCACAUCGUGUGAGGGAGCAUCUCAAGCAAUGGUAUCCCGUCCAGCGAGCAGUUCUUCCAUGUCUUAUAGCUGCAACUAAUGUUUGUUCGAUUUUUCCUCCAAGAGAUUUGGUGAUUAGUUCUCCAACAGGUAGUGGUAAAACACUGUGUUAUGUAAUUCCAAUUUUAAAUGCUUUACGAGAAUGCACGAUGAUGAAUUGUCUUUUCGCAUUAAUUAUGGUUCCAGUACAGAAUCUUGUCGAUCAAAUAGAAAAGGAGUUCAAAAAAUAUAACGUUUUCAAUAUACGUAUCGCCUCGCUAUGUGGAAAUCAUGAUCUUAAUGCUGAAAGACAACAGCUUGAAAGCGCAAAUAUAGCAAUAGCAACGCCAGGUCGUUUGAUGGAGCACAUAGCAGAUGUGGAUUUUCCUGUCAACUUCACAUACUUAAGAUAUUUGGUAGUGGAUGAAGCAGAUCGCAUGUCACAUACAGCUCGCAUUGAAUGGCUUAAUGAUCUCGAAGCUGUUACAAAUUAUAAUCAUAAUUGUGUCACAAUUGAUGAUCUCUAUGGCACAAGUUUUUUGCAAAAAAUACUGCUUUCUGCCACAUUAUCUUUAGAUGUUGAAGAUCUCCAUCAAUGGCGCCUUCGACAUCCUCGUCUUUUCAAGGCGGUGAAAGAAGAUAUCGUUGUAAUGAAUGAGUCAAACUUAAACAAUAUUAUCAUUCCAACUUCAUUAAAGAUCGAAUACAUUGUGUGUGACACGAAAUUUAAACCAUUUGCGACACAUGAUCGAAUCGAAAGACAACAAUCUUGGAAAAAAAUUCUAAUAUUCGUUAACAGCAAGAUGGCCAGCUAUCGGCUUGCAGUAUUAUUGAAAACGCUUAGCGCUGGAAAAUAUCAAGUCGAAGAACUGUCAUCAAAUCUUUUUGGUAAUCGGCGACAGAAAGUGCUGGCAAGAUUCAGGAAAGGAACAACACGAGUGCUUAUUUCAAGUGAUGUCUUGUCUCGCGGGAUUGAUGUUGAAGAUAUUGACGUCGUAAUUAAUUAUGAUAAACCACUUAACGAAAGAUUAUUUGUUCAUCGGAUAGGACGAACAGCGAGAAAAAAGAUCUCCAAACUACCCUCCGAAAUGUUUCUUUCACCGGAAAGGUUAAAGAAAGAAAUUUCGAAGGUGUGA